UUCUACCUUCUACAGAUCUAGAGUUAUCUUUUCCAUUCUCAGCUAGAUAUGGAGACUUUCUUGUUCACCUCAGAGUCAGUUAACGAAGGACAUCCCGAUAAGCUUUGUGACCAGGUUUCAGAUGCCAUUCUUGAUGCUUGCCUAGAACAAGACCCAGAGAGCAAGGUUGCAUGUGAAACCUGCACAAAGACAAACAUGGUCAUGGUCUUUGGAGAGAUCACAACCAAGGCAAAGGUGGACUAUGAGAAGAUAGUACGUGACACCUGCAGAGGCAUUGGGUUCACCUCAGCUGAUGUUGGUCUUGAUGCUGACCACUGCAAAGUCCUUGUCAACAUUGAGCAGCAGAGCCCUGAUAUUGCCCAGGGAGUCCAUGGUCAUCUUACCAAGAAACCAGAAGAAAUUGGAGCUGGUGACCAAGGUCACAUGUUUGGUUAUGCCACAGAUGAAACUCCUGAACUCAUGCCCCUUACUCAUGUUUUGGCUACAAAGCUUGGUGCCAAGCUUACCGAAGUGAGGAAGAACAAGACUUGCCCAUGGCUCAGACCUGAUGGCAAGACACAAGUUACAGUUGAGAACGACAAUGGUGCCAUGGUCCCUAUUAGAGUUCACACUGUUCUCAUCUCAACUCAACAUGAUGAAACUGUCACAAAUGAUCAGAUUGCCAAGGACUUGAAAGAGCAUGUGAUCAUGCCCGUGAUCCCAGCUCAGUACCUUGAUGACAACACCAUCUUCCACCUCAACCCAUCAGGUCGUUUUGUGAUUGGUGGUCCACAUGGAGACGCUGGACUCACUGGCAGGAAAAUCAUCAUCGACACUUAUGGAGGUUGGGGUGCUCACGGUGGAGGUGCCUUCUCAGGAAAAGAUCCUACCAAGGUGGACAGGAGUGGUGCUUACAUUGUGAGACAGGCAGCAAAGAGUGUGGUCGCUGCAGGACUUGCUCGCCGCUGCAUUGUCCAGGUUUCUUAUGCUAUUGGUGUCGCAGAACCACUCUCCGUGUUUGUUGACACUUACAAAACCGGAACCAUUCCAGACAAGGAUAUUUUGGUUCUGAUCAAGGAGAACUUUGACUUCAGGCCUGGAAUGAUGUCAAUUAACCUUGACUUGAAGAGAGGAGGCAACUUCAGGUACCAGAAGACUGCUGCUUAUGGUCACUUCGGCCGUGAUGACGCUGACUUCACCUGGGAGACUGUCAAGGCCCUCAAGCCUAAAGCUUGAGUGCAAGUUCCCACUCACAACUUUGCCUACCUAUAUUCUUGUGCCUAUUAUUCCUGUUGCGGACCAAUAAACAAGUUCAUUGAUUGAGUAAAUUGAUAUCCUAUUUCUACAUUUACGGCGCUAUUGAGUGGAGGGAGGAGACCAAAGGAAGUGUCUACAUACUUUAAGGGAUUCUAAAAGCUCCAAGCAAUUGAUCCUGCUUAAUUCUUUUCUUUUUUUUUUUGAAGUAUUUAAUUUCAAUGUGACCUGCUUUAAUCAUUUCUUAUAUCCUCACAUACGAACAAGUUCUUUUGUCAUUGUGUUCAUUUAUCUAAUGAGAAAUGCAGUAUGUUGUUGAA